UUUACUAUUUAAUAGUACAUAUAAAGUAUUUAACGUUGUUUAUUUUGUCAGCUGUUGCGUCAGACAUCAGCAUGAAAAAGACGACUGUCAUCGACUUGGAUACAUUUAUUAAAGACUUCAUGCAACUAGAGAAUAAAAUAACUGAGAUGAAAGGGGGAAACACUACACUUGAAAUACAACUGGAUGAGUCUAGAAGACUUUUAAAACUCGCACAGAAUAAGGAGAAGCAGUUAACUGAAGAGAAAGAUGGACUUUUGGAAACAGUCAAAGAUCUGCAAAAAACUGUUCAACAACAGUGUGACCUCAGAGUUGAAAAUGAGAGGCUUAAAGAUGCAGCUCUUCAGACGAAGAAAGAAAAUGAGGCCCAGCUAGAGGAAAGCAAGGCUCAGCUUCAGAGGCUUACAGCUGAGACGAGAGCUUUAAAACAUCAACACCAGAGGGAGUUAGACGACUUUGCUGAAGAAACACAACGAAAACUGGAAUUGAAAGAUACUGAAAUAAAAUGGGCUCUGGAGAAAAAUGAAUGUGCUUUGGAAGAGAUGAGAAAACAGAUGAGGGAGAAGGAGAAAGAAAAACAAAGUCAAAUCAUUAAGCUUCAAAUGGAGUUUGGUGCUAAACUUGCAAGAGCCCAGAGCAUAUCAGUAAAGAGUCAGACGCAUAGACAAGCAUCCUGCCCUCUCCCACAGAACAUCUUUAAAAGAAAGCUCCAGUUCAUUCAGGAGGAGAAGAACAAAGAGAUUGAGACCCUGCAUCAGAGGGUGCGAGAAUUAGAACAGCAGAGCCUACAUGGGUUGAUUGACUCUCGUAUGAAGAAGAGAAAAAUCUAAAGGGAUUUACUUGACUGGCCAGUUGUGACAUGUUUUGUGCCAGUAUCAUCCAUCUGUUUACAUUUGUUGUUGUAAGCUUUAAACCUUUCUCCAUCCAAAUAUUUUUGGAAUAUUCCUACAUUUAAAGUUUUUACAUUCUUAGUUCCGCUGUUAUUCACCAUAUUCUUACUUUUUAUGUUUUGGCUGCCAGUUCUAUUGUUAAGCAUCGAAAAUAAACCAUAUAACUUUAAA